GUGUGACGCGUGUUUUUCAUUGAAUACAUGACUACUUCAGCCUUGGAACUGUCUGCUGAAACUGGUGUGCUUACGGCGGUUGCCUCCGCGGUAUUCCCACAUUUAACGUGACAACAGAGAGGCAUCUUCCAACGGGCGCUCUCGAAUAUAUAAAGUGACAGGAGAAUAAUCGACAAUGUACACCUUAAAGAUUUUAGGUUUUUUAAUUUAUUUGCUGGUGAAUAUUUCUGCAGUUGUGUCGGUCAGCGGUUCCAAGUCGUAUGUGUGCCCGACACACUGUACAUGUACGAACGAAGAGAUAGUUUGCCAGGAGAAAGAUACGAUGUCUUACAUCCCGGAUAUUAGGUCGAGCUCGGUCACUGAAGUUGUUAUAGAAAACCAAAGAGACCUUCUUGAAAUUAACGAGACUUCGCUGCAGUACCUACUACGCCUCGAGAAACUGACGAUCGUUAAUUGCAAAGUAAAAAAGAUAACUCCACGAGCGUUUUACGGUAACCGAAACCUGCAUUUCAUUGAUUUACAGAAUAACGAUAUUGAUAGAUUAAGUUGGGAGCCGUUUGAUGGAUUAAAUAUCUCGCAGUUAAUUUUGAAUGGAAAUAACGUGCCGUGUACCUGCGAGUCAAAAUGGUUGCAACUGAUGAUCGAACACAACAAAGUGAGCGAUUCAUUGAAGUGUACGUUACCAAGCGGCUCUGGCUCGGAAAUGUUCUUGAAGGAUGCCGACAUCACGGAGUUAGACGAACAGUGCGAUUUACCAGUGCUGAAAGUGGAGCCACAGAAGAUAACUAUAAACGAGACGGAGUCGGUAACAAUGAGAUGCGAGGUAGUGGGUAAUGUAAUACCCACGCCUUAUCUAGAGUGGGACCUAGACCACAUCAAGUCGGAUUACUCUGUCAGCGACGAUGGUUCUGUACAGAAAUUGACAUUUAAUAAUGCCACAGGUAGCGAUAAUGGCCUGAUUGAAUGCUCUGCCAGCAACGUAGUAGGAAAAGUCACCAAAGGCGUUGAGCUCACUAUAAAUAGUGCACCACGUAUAUUGGAACUACGCGAACCAUAUGCAUAUUUCCACCACUGUUUCUUUUUCAACUUCACUGGUACCCCACUGCCAAGCAUUAAGUGGUACUUGAACGGUGUGCUUUUGGACAUACCAUGGACAACCGAUCCAGACUUCAACGAAAACGACGACCAUCUCUACCUGGCAAUGAUAAAACCUGACAGUACCCACGAGUUCACCGGAUGUCUGUAUAUACAGAUACCCACCCAUUACAACAACGGCAACUAUACUUUAGUAUUGAAGAACCUUCUGGGAAGUGUGAAUGCUACGGUUUAUGGGAGGUUUUCUGAAAACCCAGAUCCAGUUAAUCCACCUCCGCCCCCCAACGCAAACAAGACAGCUGUCACCAUCCUGGCGCCCGGACCGACAAAAGAUGUCACUGUUUACGUGGCUGUUGUGGUGUCUGUGAUGAUUACUAUGUUCGUUGUGGCUGCAAUGAUCAUAUGCGGCGUACGUUACUUCCGGCGAAAGAGGCGCCGGCCCACGUCAGCAAUCAACGGUUACGCGUCCCAUCCUCUGAAUACGGUGUCGCUUACCAUGAGUGCAAAUGGCGACGUUCUUGCGAAACGUACUGCUGUACCAGUUGAUCGCCUACAGAUGGUGGAAAAUCCAAACUAUUUCAAGAAAAUGCAUCAACAAGACAGUAAGAGAACUCCAGUGAUUCGUCAUAUGAAGCGGGAAACUAUUCAUUUCAUUCGCGAACUGGGUGAGGGCGCCUUCGGACGAGUGUACCUCGGGAGGUGCGACAACCUCACUGAAUCAGAUGAAACGACGUUGGUGGCAGUGAAAACCUUGAAAGACUCCUCUAUAGGCGAUGCCAGGCGGGACUUUGAAAGAGAGGCAGAACUUCUGACCAAUCUGCAACACAAUAACAUCGUGACCUUUUAUGGAGUGUGUAUAGAGGGCGAUCCUCUGCUUAUGGUGUUCGAAUAUAUGGAGAACGGUGAUUUGAAUAACUACCUCAGAUCGCGUGGACCAGACGCCCAGUACUUGAGCAAAAUUGUCACCACGGACGCAGUAUUGACACAGUGCGAACUGUUGUUCAUAGCGGUACAAAUAGCGUCCGGCAUGGUUUAUCUGGCGUCGCAACACUUCGUGCACCGGGACAUGGCAACUAGAAACUGUUUAGUUGGUGAUAAAUUGGUUGUUAAGAUUGGAGAUUUUGGAAUGUCCCGUGACAUUUAUAGCACUGAUUAUUAUAGGGUAGGUGGACAAACGAUGUUGCCGGUAAGAUGGAUGCCACCGGAGAGUGUACUUUAUAGGAAGUUUACGAUAGAGAGUGAUGUGUGGAGCUUUGGUGUGGUGUUGUGGGAAAUAUUUGAGUAUGGUAAACAGCCGUGGUACGAAUUAUCAAAUCAUGAGGUUAUCGAGUAUAUCAAGAACGGCACCCUUUUAGAUUGCCCUGCUGCCUGCUACGAACAUCGAGAAAUCUAUACCAUCAUGCUCGGAUGUUGGCAUAGGCAACCAACCAAACGACUACCGAUUCGGGAGAUCCGUGACACAUUAAAGAAAGCCUGUGAAGACUGUCCUGGAUACGUCAACCUGUUCAGUACUUAA